CUCUCCUCUGAUAAGGCAGAACCUCCAUGCCUCCACGCCCUGAUUGAGGCGCAAGUGCAUGUCUCCGAGGUACGGGAUCGAUCGAGGAGAGCCGGGAGAGGCUGUCGUCUGUCGUCUGUGGUGUGUCUCCUGCCUACUGGAGUCCUGGCACUCCCCAGUGUCUAGGGGCGCCCAUGCUGGAUGUUGGUCCUCGUCAAUCCUCAAACCUCAAUCCUCCAUGCCUCAUGGUCCGAAUGGAGUGUGAGGGAAAGUGAUCCGCUCAGUAUCCUGACUCCGCUUGACCAAGGACCUCGACUUUGUUCGAGUGUGAUUGCAUGACUUUAUCGGUGAUAGUUGUGGUGAGUGGGUGAUCAACUCCUCCUUCAACUUCUUCAACAAGGAAGACUUGCUGAUCGAUCUGUCUGCAUACUCAAUUAAUCCAACAUCAACAUGGAGAUGGGGGAUAGCUCGGCGGCUCUCAUGAUGUCCGUGCCCAACUACUCGUACAUCUUCCACUUUGAGCGCGACUUUGAGCACAUGGAGAUCAAGCCCUGGUUCCAGGAGAACUGGAGCACCAUCGUCUCCUAUUGUGCCGGGCUCUACUUGCUGUUCAUCUUCUGCGGACAGGCCUACAUGGCCCAGAGGCCCCGCAUGGAGAUGAGGUCCAUCCUCGUGGGCUGGAACGUGUUCCUCGCCCUCUUCAGCAUCAUGGGAGCUUUCCGGACCUUGCCCGAGAUCGUCCAUGUCCUCUCCACGCAAGGCAUCUACCAUUCGGUGUGCAUUCCCAGUUUCAUCGAGAGCGAUCGAGUCUCGGGAUUUUGGACUCUCAUGUUCGUUUUGUCAAAAGUGCCCGAACUUGGCGACACCGUCUUCAUCGUGCUCAGAAAACAACCGCUCAUCUUCCUCCACUGGUAUCACCAUGUGACAGUCAUGCUCUACGCUUGGUAUUCUUACUCGGAGUACACGGCUGCUGCCAGGUGGUUUGUGGUCAUGAACUUCAUCGUCCAUUCUGUUAUGUACUCCUACUAUGCCUUUAAAGCUCUCAAAUUUCGGGUGCCGCGCAGCAUUUCCAUGGUGAUCACGGCACUGCAGCUCAUCCAGAUGGUGGUUGGAUGCUUGGUCAACUUCUGGGUGAUCCAGAUGAAGUCCAACGGGCUCGAAUGCCACGUCUCCGACCCCAACAUCAAGUUCUCCUUGCUUAUGUACUUGAGUUACUUCCUGCUCUUCGGACGGUUCUUUUAUUAUGCCUAUGUGAGUCCGAGCAAGCGGAUGAUGAUGGCGUCCGAUUCGUCGAAAUUACUCAAGCAACACUAGAAGACGAGCGCCGAAGAUCGCACAAUUUUAAACUGAUCGCUCCCGACAAUUACCAAUCCGUUGAAUACAAAACAAGAAGUCAGGCCAAGAACAAGGUCACAAAGAAACGCACUAGAUGAUCAUUUUGCCUACACAAUUCCAGUGUUCUCCUCGAUGGAAUUUAUGCUCAUUUAUCAAGUUCUAUUUUCAAGUGUGUCAUGUUGAAACCAAAAAUUAUAGAACCGAAACAAUCGAAAAGACAACUAAACAGAAAAGAAAAAGAAAAACAACAAG